GGUUUCCUGCAGAUUUUUUUCUUAAGUGUUGCAAUGGAACCGAGCUGGAGCACAUUUUUAUUUCAGCAGGCCAAUGAAGCCCUUCAUCACCAGCACCAGGUGGCCCAGAACAGCCUGCUGCCUCUGCUCAACUCCAACGCCGAGCCCGUGGACCAGAAGCCGGUGAUGCCCAUCCCACUGGACCAGAAGCCGCCGGUGAGCCAGGCCACGGGCCAGGGUGGAGGCGGCGGAGGUGGUGGAGGAGGAGGCAGCGGAGGAGGCCCCAUGGCCGUGGUGAAGAAGGAGCACAAGACCAAGACGCCGUUUGUGUGCAGCUACUGCAACAAGGCGUUCCGCGACAGCUACCACCUGCGCCGGCACGAGUCGUGCCACACGGGCAUCAAGAUGGUGUCGCGGCCCAAGAAGGCGCCGCAGUCGGCGCCCACCAUGGUGCCGCUCAUCUCCUCCAUGCAGCGGGAGAACUCCGGCGGGAACCCCUCCUACAUCUCCACCAUCGCCGGCAUCCUCACCACGGCGACCACCUCAGCCUCUACAGGCUCCAGCGUCAUGUCCUCGGUCUCCAUGGGCACCAUGCAGCAGCAGCAGCAGCCCCAGCAGCCCAAGAAGCCGCCGAAGCCGGUGAAGAAGAACCACGGCUGCGAGAUGUGCGGCAAGGCCUUCCGCGACGUCUACCACCUCAACCGCCACAAGCUGUCGCACUCGGACGAGAAGCCCUUCGAGUGCCCCAUCUGCCACCAGCGCUUCAAGCGCAAGGACCGCAUGACCUACCACGUGCGCUCGCACGACGGCGGCGUGCACAAGCCCUACAUCUGCUCCGUGUGCGGGAAGGGCUUCUCCAGGCCUGACCAUCUCAGCUGCCAUGUCAAGCAUGUCCAUUCCUCAGAGCGACCAUUCAAAUGCCAAGUCACGGCCUGCACCUCUGCCUUCGCCACCAAAGACCGCCUGCGCUCCCACAUGAUCCGGCACGAGGGCAAGGUCACCUGCAACAUCUGCGGCAAGAUGCUGAGCGCCGCCUACAUCACCAGCCACCUCAAGACGCACGGCCAGCAGACCAACUUCAACAACUGCAACAAAGGCUCCUGGCAGUGGAACUCCCCUCACACACGAAAAGAUAGUAACGAUGUCUGCAACUCGUCCUCCAUCACCCAUGUCACCUCGUCCACCCCCAUCAUGAGUCGUGGCGGCAGUGGCACCAACAGCAGCUCCGGCUCCUCCAACCCAGUCACCAUCGCCACUGCGAUGAGCCUGGGCACCAACACGGUCAACAUCACCUCGCCCAUGGGCCUGCAGCACCCGGUGACCAUCACCGGGCCGGUGAACAUCGCCUCGGUCAACAUCCCCACCACGGCGCACAUGAACAUCGCCCAUCCCGUGGCCAUCACCACGCCCAUGGCCAUGAACAUCGCCGGGCCGCUUAACAUCGCCAUGCGGCCCAUGGAUAGCAUGCCUUUCCUCUCGCAAGUCCUCCCAUCCUCCCCACCCUGGAGUGCUGGUUUGGCGUGGGGCGCACAGCAUUAAUGUGAACGUUGGAGUUGAUGACGCACAAAGCCAGAGUCACACAUGGAUCAGAAGGGUUGGAACGAUCUUCUCACACUUAACUGAUCACAGUGACGCUAUUUGGAGAAAUUUCACAAGGACAAAUGCAAUAAGUGCUGAUUUUUCUCUGAUUUGUUUUUGUUUCUCGAUUUUGUUUGUUUUUGUUUGUUUGUUUGUUUGUUUACUAAGUUUUCUUCCACGUCAUCUGGGCUGUGUCUUAUGAGCCACUUGCCUGCUCAUCAGUAUUUAACGUUUUAAGGAAUUGAGUUCAAAAGGGACAAAAGCUUCCACUGUGAGGGAAGGGGUGAUAUGUUAUUUUUUCAUUAUUAUUUUUAUUUUUUAUUGUGAUUUUGCUCAGUUUUACCCUCCAGGGGAGAGGGUAUGCCUGUUUUCGGUUUGAGGUACAGCGGUUACCUCGAUGGACAUCGAGGCGGCGAUCAAAUCUGGCGUGGAUUCGACAGGGGCCAGAUCGUUUCCUGAGUUUGCUUACUGUCUGUGUGUUGCAUAUGAUGUGCUCUUGGUUAUGUACGGCAAUGCGUUCUCACUCCAAAACAAAUGUUCACUGUCUAUAAUUUUUUUUUUUUUUUUUUUUUUUUUUUUAAGUUUUGUUCAGUGUUUGGGAUGGACACUAGGAAUGGACACUUUCUUUUACUUUUGUUUAAAACAAAGCUGGAAUGCUUUUAUUAUUAUUAUUACCUUAUUAUGGACCCUGAAAUCAUGUACUAUUCAGAUCUACAGUAUGCGAGAGAGGAGUGAGUUUUGCACUGAAAGCAUAUCUCAUGUUAAAAUAUAUAAAAUGAAGAAAGACAAAACAACAGCAGCAGUAUUAUCAAAGAUCAAAUUUUGGAGUGGUAGGAAUCCAGCCUAGAUCUUACAGCGCCACCUAGUGGUUGGCAAGUGACAACCUUAGUUCACAGAUUUUAUUUUGAACUAUUAUCAUGUUGGUGACAGAGUGUAGAUCUUAGAAGUAUUUUAUACUCUAUUUUUAUUUUUAAUUAUAUUUUCAUUUUUUAAUUAUUUUAUCAUUAUUUUUUCAAGGACCCUGUUAAGUGUGGGACAUUCUGCUCAGGUAUUUUGGGAGUAUGAAAGUAACCUAGUUUUUUUAUUAUUAUUAUUAUUAUUAUUAUUAUUAUUAUUAUUAUUAGGCCAUGUGUAACAUGUCAGUUGGGUUCCUGGAUUUUUUUUUUUUUUUCAGCAUUACUUUGUAAAUGUCCAACCCCCAAAUUGUUGGGGCUGACAAGCAGAAGUCCUUCACCAACCAGGGAUCCAAGAAUGCUCAUUACUUGUGUUGCCGUCCAUAUCUAUGGAUUGCAGUCAUUACUUUGACUGAAAAUUCUUUUUUUUCUUUUCUUCUAACUUCACUUCAGAACCAAAUACUAGUGUGUGGGGAUGGCUCGCUCUCUCUCUCUCUGUCUUUAAAGGUAGCAGCCGUGUGUGUGUGUGUGUGUGUGUGUGUUUGCGUGUUUGCGUGCAUGCGUGUGUGUGUGUGUGUGUGCCCCAUCUCUGUAAUAGUAAGGAAUAAGAGGUCACAUUGAACACUGCCGAGAGUGUCGAAGCACUCGCCUGGCCUGCCUAUGUUUCGACUCAGGACGUUGCGAACUACACGUUGCUCAGAACACUCACUGCAACAAACAAGGGACGGAUAUCUCGUGUCCUUUUGUCACUACGUGGGUGUCGAGCCCUGCAAAAUGUGAUGCUAGGUACACUGUGUAAGCCACUAGUGGUGCACAGGCAUGUUUAUGGAUUUAGUUCCUUCUUCUAAUUAGUAUUAUUCAUUUGUGUUAUUAUUUAAUCAAUUCUCUUACAAUCCCUCCCAGAUGGCUGCUGCAUCUGGGGCGGCUCUGCUCCGGGCCCGGCCCACGUCUGCGCGUGGGUUUGGCUCCCUGUAAUAUGCAGAGUGGAGCAGACCAACAUGAGGACACUUGAGGGAAGACAUGCUCAUUUGGUGGAGUUGAUCAGGAAGAAUACUUAUGAUGGGAGGGGGGAAUAAACAGCAACAACACUAAUUAGUUCAGUCAAGUGUGCAAUGACUUGCCAAUGAAUUGUCCUGCUACAGUUGAUGUCAUUUUUCUAGGAGCAUCUUUUGACUGGUGGAAUGCAAGUCGCUUGCAUCGUCUUGCUCAGACCUAUUAAAUACAAGUGUAGUAGUGCUCCUUGUUUUCAUAUGUGAGGUGUUUAAUUUUGGUCUUGAACGAACAAAAAAAAAAGAUGCAUGUGCUAUUUUUUUCUGUUGUCUUUCUUUAAAGAGAGAAUGUCCUGAAGAAAAGUUUUUUUUUUUUUUUUUUUUUUUUUUUUUUAAGUCCUUUUAAAAUGGAUGCAUUACAAUGGCCUCCUCGUUUUUGCCAAAUUGCUGACAACUAUGAAAUGCAUUGAACUAAACAUUACAAUUGAGUGUGUUCUCAUUUUUAAAUGAAGAUGCUGAAUUGGAAACUCUUGGACCCCUGUGAAGGCAGUUGAAUGUAUAUCUUUGUACAAACAGUUUAGUUCUGAGGAUAUGGUAGUUACACUAGCAAAAGUGAGUGAAGAAGCAAGAUAACCUUUUAUAAAACUUUUUGUAUUAGAACAUUAACAAUGGUAAUUUUGUAUAUAUGAAAACUAGGCUUUCUGGGUAGCAGAAAGGUAAAACAUUCCUACAUUUUUUUUAAAUGUAUGUUUGUCAGAAAUAAUUAUGUAAACAUGCGCAACGUUUUAUGUGCCUUUUAUUUGGGUUGUCUAAAUAAAAGAAAACUAUAAAACA